AUGCAAGAGUCCAAGACUCUCCUCUUUCCACCUGCUGCAUCUUCUCUGGAAACAAAGUCUAAGCCAGACUCUCCGAGUUCGGAUGCUGCAAUACAGCCAGACACUGCGGCCUGCUCAGAGGAGCCCCAAUUGUCCUCAUCUGCGGAGCCUUUGGACAGAAAGAAUGGGCCUCCGGAGGCUCAACCUAUGCUUAAGGAUGUGGAAAAAGUGGAGGCGACUGACGACGUAAUCCAGCUACCCGAUGUGUCAUCCAACCCGAAGUCGGUAGAAGACAGUAAACUGACCGAACUCAACAUUGAUGUUUCAUCGGUGCAAACUGACAAAGACAAAAAGUCAAGUCUUGAUCCUCCUAUCAAUAAACUUCUUCUGCCAGAACUCCGACGCUCCCAAUUGGCUGGCAUGUUUAGGCCCGCUAACGUGUCAUGGUGUUUCAUCUGCUCAAAGGGUGGUCGGAUUAUAUGCUGUGAAAGUUGUCCUGCGUCCUUCCACCAAGAGUGUCUCAAACUGGAUGAGUGUAGUAUUACCAUCUCCUCGAAAUAA